GCAUGCGCAAACUAGUAACAGACUCCGUGGUGUUCUUGCUAGCUGUAGCUAAGCCUUGCUCGCCAGACUUCAGCAGAACGUGAAUUUUCUGGAGAGUAAAUAUGUCAACAAGCGACUUCUAUUUGAGAUAUUAUGUUGGACACAAGGGAAAGUUUGGACACGAGUUCCUUGAAUUUGAAUUCAGACCUGACGGUAAACUGAGAUAUGCAAACAACAGUAACUACAAAAAUGACGUCAUGAUCAGGAAAGAGGCAUACGUACACAAAAGUGUGAUGGAGGAGCUUAAGAGGAUCAUCGACGACAGUGAAAUCACCAAGGAAGACGAUGCACUGUGGCCGCCCCCUGACAGAGUUGGCAGACAGGAGCUGGAGAUUGUCAUUGGGGAUGAACACAUUUCCUUCACAACUUCCAAAAUCGGCUCCCUGAUUGACGUCAACCAGUCAAAGGACCCUGAAGGUCUACGUGUGUUCUACUACCUGGUUCAAGAUCUGAAAUGUCUCGUCUUCAGUCUGAUCGGACUUCACUUCAAGAUCAAGCCCAUCUAAAAUGUCGGCUCGAUAGUUUUAAUGACUUUUUCUGAUGUUUCUGUUGUACUACCGCAUUUGUACAUUUGCUUUUGGUGGAACUGUUUUUUAUUUUAAAUAAAGGAAGGUGAGAGAAAAUGUU